UGGGAGAAGCGGGGGGAGCUUGGCGAUGGGGGCGGAGGGGAGCCCUAGCUAUGGCUUGUAUCUACCGCUGGCAGCCGCAGCCUGGGCUAAGGGGACUCCAGCCCGAGUCCUGGCUCCUUGCCGAACCGUGGGGCGAGGAGCAGCCACCCCGCGGGACUAGCGAGGCCCCGAAACUCAGCCGCACCUCCCAGCGGCACCCCAGCGUGGUGCGCCUCCCGCUCGGCCCCGGACGGGCAGCCUGAGGUCCGGGGCGCCAGCAGCCGGGAGAGCGAGCCCGGGUCGGGCGGCUUCGGGGCCGGAGCUGCAGCAGGAGGCGAGCUCCUCACCCCCUGCCUCCGCGCCGCUGCGCGCCCAGGGGAAGCGGCCAAAACCGCCCCCUCACAUGAUCCCGCCGGCCCCUAAUCCCCUCUGCGCCUCCCCGGCGGCUCAGUGCGAGGUUGAGGCCGGCGCGAUGAAGGGAGGCUGCGGCCAGGGCUGGAGGCACCGGGCAAGAGGAGGCCGGGCAGCCUCCGUCCUGCUGCUCCUGGGGGCUCUGGCCGCCUUUCACCUUCCUCGCAGGGGCGCUGCCGCCCAGCGGCUCCGCGGGGACACAGAAAAUAAAACACAAUGUAUUCCCUCUUCCUCAUCGGAAUUUCCUGACGCAUUUUUUACACAACAGGAGAGAGAAGAUGGGGGGAUCAUUAUCUAUUUCAUAAUUAUCCUUUACAUGUUUAUGGCUGUAUCCAUUGUGUGUGAUGAUUACUUCCUUCCUUCUCUAGAGAUCAUUAGUGAAUCCCUUGACCUGUCUCAGGAUGUUGCUGGAGCAACUUUUAUGGCAGCUGGUAGCUCUGCUCCUGAAUUGGUCACUGCUUUUCUAGGGGUAUUCGUGACAAAGGGAGACAUUGGAGUUAGCACCAUCCUUGGAUCUGCAAUCUAUAACCUUCUCGGUAUCUGUGCAGCUUGUGGGUUGUUAUCUAGUGUGGUUUCGAGGCUGUCUUGUUGGCCACUGUUUAGAGACUGUUUGGCAUAUGCAAUUAGUGCCGCAGCAGUCCUUGCAAUGAUAUUUGACAGCAGAAUUUACUGGUAUGAAGGUGCUUCCCUGCUGCUGAUUUAUGGGUUAUAUAUUCUGGUGCUGUGUUUUGAUAUUAAAAUCAAUCAAUAUAUUAUGAAGAAGUUUAGUCCCUGCUGUACUUGUUUUGCAAAAGCUAUGGAAGAAAACACUGAACAGCAGCCAUUAAUUGGCUGGAAGGAAGAAUGUGAACCACUAAUUUGUCGACAAUCAAGAACUGAUAGUGGAAUUUUUCAUGACGAAUCAGACUACUCACAGCUUUCUAUAAGUUUACUUGGGCUUGAUGAAAUUUCUGAAGAUCCUCCAAGUGUCUUCACUAUCCCUGAAGCAGAUUUAAAAAGAAUUCUCUGGGUGUUAUCUCUUCCUAUUAUUACACUACUCUAUUUGACCAUACCAGACUGCAGAAGACAGUUUUGGAAAAACUGGUUCAUGGUGACAUUUUUCAUGUCAGCUGUGUGGAUUUCUGCAUUUACAUAUGUCCUUGUAUGGAUGGUAACAAUAGUUGGUGAUACGCUGGCAAUUCCAGAAACAGUAAUGGGUCUUACAUUACUAGCAGCAGGGACAAGCAUACCAGACACAGUUGCAAGUGUACUGGUGGCUAGGAAAGGGAAAGGAGAUAUGGCUAUGUCUAACAUUGUAGGAUCCAAUGUAUUCGAUAUGCUGUGUUUGGGAGUACCUUGGUUUAUAAAAACUGCCUUCAUAGAUACAUCAGCACCCGUGGAAGUGAAUAGCAGUGGUUUGACUUACACAGCUAUUUCUCUUAUUUGUUCCAUUAUUUUUAUUUUUCUGGCAGUUCACCUAAAUGGCUGGAAGUUAGAUAAGAAACUGGGAGCAGUCUGUCUAGUAAUGUACUUAGCAUUUGCUGUAUUGUCAAUUUUAUAUGAACUUGGGAUCAUAGGGAACAAUCCUGUAAAGGUCUGUGGUGGCAAGUUUUAGCCAGUGACUGUACUGAGGAAGACACAAAACAAUGAGAGAGGAUCAAUUUCUUCAUUUAGUCAAAUAAAAAAAAUCCAAAACUCCCUUUGGGCUCUAAAACUUAUUUACAGAAGUUCUAAAUCAUGGCAUAAAAGUAAUCUUAAAAAUAAAACAACAUCACAGCCUAAUUGGAGCCCUUUCUUUUAGAGUCAAGAAUUA